AUGCACGGCUUGCCGUUCGAUUGGCUUACGUACAUUGUUGCAGACGCUGUCGUCAAAACCUUCAUUCAGCUGUUUCUGUGUGCUUCUGUUUGUUUUCGUGAAUGGUCCGAUAUAGUCCUUGACAUCUACGGCUUCGAGUCGUUUGGUUUGGAAAACGGGUUGGAACAGCUUUGCAUCAACUACGCAAACGAGAAACAGCAACAGCUGUUCGUCCAGCAAGUCAUCGAGGAAGAAGUUGCCCUGUAUAUCCGAGAAGGAAUUGCAAACCCUGCAGUGGCAGCUGGACAAAAUCUCAAGUCCCCUCUGCAAAGUGCACAACCAGAUUCAAAACUUCAAGAACGCAGUCAUCGAAGCGAUCCGAAUAUCUCCUUCAAGGCGAAUCUCCAGCGCAGCCUCCUUUCAAGCCUGCCUGACACCUCUGCGCUGCUUCGAGAAUUGCAAGAAGGAGUAUUUAGACGCUUAGAUGACUCAUGCCGGCUCUUGGCCCAGGGCCAGGCAAGAGACGACAUUCACUUCUGGAAGGACUUGUUCGCCUACUGUGCCUCAUUGAAAGAGCACUCGCAGCAUCUUGCAGACAAGCACAACUCCCAAAAAGCAGACCAGGAAAUUCUGACUCCGCGUGACCACCGCAUUCUAUUCUGUCUGAAAGGAACCAAUGGAAUGCAAGCUGCAGAAGCUGCUGCCAGCGGGAGGCUUCUGCAACACUUGGAGCAAGCCGACCUUAAUCUUAUUGGCCUUGUGGGAGCUCAACAGCUGGCAGCUGUGGGUGCCGGAGGAAAGCUGGCGGGAACCCUCUCAACGGCUGGUAAAGUGCAGGAGAGAGUUUUCGCCGUCAAGCACUUUGCAGGAACAGUUCUCUACGGCACAGAUGGCUGGCUGGAUCUAAACAACGACCGAUGCCGGCCAGGCACAUUCAUUUGUGGCGUUUCCCUCGUCUGCUUCAAGGCCUCUGCCUACGGAGAGGCUGCAGCGCUAAUGACUGACCCAGCAAAAUUCUUCGAAACCCCAGGAGACUUAUGCCGGUUAAUCACGGCUAUCCAACGUUUGCGGUUGCGUGUGGCUGUUCGUAUCAUUGUCCAUGUGCAUCCCAAGUUACUAUGGCUCCAGCGCAGGGCCUUCUUGAUGAGGAAGAUCAAGCAAGAGGCUGCCACUGCAGCCUUACGUGUGAUGCUCCUCAAGAAGCAUAUCCUUAUCCCCUUGCAGAAGCGUGCGAAGCGACGGCUCUCCAUUCGCCGUGGUCUAGGCUCGUUGGAGCGUUUCAUGUCGCACCAUUCUGCUCGAAUUUGGCAAACGUUCAAGGCAGCGGUGGCCAAACCCGAAGAAUUGACAAGAGUGCCUUCAGCUCUACGUGCACAGCAGUCAAAACAGAAUAGCACGUCUGGAGAAAUGUUGCAUGGCUCCGAAGUCGACGUGUGCAGCGAUGAUGCACAGAAGGAAGCACCCACAGCCCAAAGUCAGCCACAAACGCACGCUCACCCCUGGAAUACCCGCCUCAUUCAUUUCACGACUGGUGGGCUGCAAGGGUCCGCGCAGCGCCACUGCGUGGCAGCUCACGUAGGCAGCAAUCUGUACUGCAUGGACGCCUCGGAAUUAUUCUCAGAAGAGGAAUUCCAGCCUUUCAUCGGCGUCUCAGAGGAGAAACAGCCAAACAAGUCCUUACAGUCCUUGCCACAAGAGCCUUUGGCUGAAAGGCACCAUGCAAAACGGUACCAAAAAUUCGACGCACAGCUUCAUACUAACCACGCAGAACGUGGCGACCACCACUCGUGUACAACUGUUAUGGUCAGUCAGUCAAGCCUGGUUUGCAUUGCCAAGCACCCGUGCCACACUGGUCUACUCCUUGCAGCCGAUUCGGCCGCAAACCUCGUGCAGCUUGCAGCAUCAGGAUGCAGAUGUGAGUCUCUAACCAUGACAAAUGCCCUGCUAAGAGAUUCAGCACCUACCACGUCCACUGCCUCUGGCGAACCCUCAACAUCAUUGCCUGCCCUUGACUCUCGAGCUCGUCUUCUAGCUAAAGCCGCCUCGAGAUGCAGUGCCUCCGACAAAAAGCACACUUCCAAGUGCUCAGCCAUGCCUUGCUGCAAUGUUCCUGCGUACAACGGUAACCAGGAUUUCCCACUGGUUGCCAGGCUCGAAGGGCACAUGCUGGAGGCCGAAUCUCCGCUGCUCUCACACACGACACACAAGACACUCCCCCCUGAAACGUGGCUGCCCAGGGACCUGUUCGAUGAAAUAAUCCACACCCCUCAGGAUCAGCUGUCUCAUACAAGACACCCACGACCCCCAACUGUGCGGCCGCUCAGCGUUUCCUUUGCAAGCCCUAUAACCGCAGAUUAUGCCAUCAUCGUGUGUCUUGUGCAAGGCAAAAGCAGCAAGAACAACAACAAUAACAGCAGCAGCAGCGGCAUAGGCAGCCUCACUCUCGUUCUAGUCGACUUGCUGAGGAGGGAACCUGCUGGCUGGAUUCCUCUGUCUUUUGCGUCCCAUGAUCUAUCAAUCUGUGCUCGCCGCAACUCUGCGUACCUUCAACAGCUGUCCCAAACAGCUUUCCCAGGGUCUAACACUAAUGCUGGAAAAAUCAAAAACGCAGCCGCUGAGCUUCGUGCUGCACGAAAUCCUUUGCUUACGGCACGCACCCGUAGCACCAUGCUCUCCACAAUUCGUUUGCAACCUCUUUGGGGCAACGUGUGGGCAGUCACAGGCCCCUCCUUGCUCGCCAUCUUCUCUAUCAACCUUAGGUAUCUGCAGCAUCCACCAGAGGAGCUUGAAGCGCAGUCAGGAAUCAGAGAUCCACCGCUUCGUCUUCUGUGGAACUUGGCGUCUGUUCCGCGCGUAAGUGGAAUGAGCCUUGAAGUGGCUGAAGAAUGGUUUACUGGAUGCACAUACACGCGUUUAGCCCCAGCAGCACUCAGUUCGGUCAGUGGUACCGACCCGAUCAUACAGGCUCUACAAUUAAUGCCCUUUGGAGAAGUAACGCGGGCUCUCGAAGCAAAGAUGCAGCGGCUGUUGCUCCUUUCUACUGCGGAUGACUCUCUGGUUUUGCUACAGUGGAGUGAGGGCAGCUGCGGCUUCGCCAGUGGAUCGGGAAACCUUGUACUGUUAGAUCAGAUCCGUUUGCCAUUUCCUGUGUUACAAUUUAUGAGGCAGCGGCCGGGCAGGGGUACAACUUGGCCUUGUUCUGAGCCGUCUCCUGGGGAAAACGAAGGCCGACUGUUGAGGUCUUUUCCUUGGGAAGCGAGCUCGCUUCUGGGAACCGUCUCAGAAAAUGGUACAGCAGGUGAUCAUCCUGAGAGGAUUGCUGAAAACGUGGACAGUGACAGCAGCACCACCGGAGGCACCACCGACACCUGCGAUUCUGAGCAAGGUUACACCAAAUCUCACGGUUGUUCAAAUAUUCGGUUUAGACUUGGGGGAAUGAGGUCUCUGAGACGGGACUUCAGAUCCUACGAAAUAGCUCUGGUUGACAAACGCAGCGGAAGGAUUCUGCGUGAUUUGGACCAGGACAAUUUGAGGUCUUCACAUGAUGGCGCAGAAUCUGGAUCUGAAUUUCUAGCUGUGGCGCCUUUGCCAUCUCUCCCCGGAGUCUUGGUUUCUGUUGUAAGCAAUCAUGUCGUCAGGCAUAGCAACUGA